GAAGCUUUGGGGGGCAAAAAACCUCACACCCCCAUCAGUGCGCGCACACACACACACGCACGUGAAAACCUAAAGUUCAUCGGCAUGGGAAAGGAGGAGGAGAAGAAACCCCAGCACAGCACGUCCCUGAAUAACCAGAGCCAGGCAGGGAAGGCACCCGAAGGGGAGAAAAGCACCGACUCGAGCAAGACGAGCAAGACACAGGAGUCCGUGAUGAAGAAGAAGAAGCAGAAGAAAACCAAGGGGGAUCCCAAAACUGUCCAGGAGGAGGAAUCCCACACUUGUUGCGGCUGCCGUUUCCCGCUGCUGUUUGCUUUGUUGCAGCUGGCAUUAGGCAUCUCUGUAACAGUGCUGGGCUUCCUUAUGGCAGGCAUCAGUUCUUCUCUGCUAGUCAGAGACACUCCAUAUUGGGCUGGGAUAAUUGUCUGUGUGGUGUCUUUAGUGGGAUUUGUUAUGCUUUGUAUUUCAUACCAACCUGAUGAGAAGACGUGUGUGCAGUUCACAGUAAAGCUAAUGUAUUUUCUCCUGAGCGCCCUGGGUCUGGUUGCCUGUGUUUUGGCAGUGGCUUUUGCUGCACACCAUUAUUUGCAGAUGACAAAAUUUACCUGCGACACCAUCCUCGAGUCCUGCCAGUGCAAACUGGACACUGCAGACCCCCUCGGUAGGACCUUCGUCUAUCAGGACGCAGCUGACUGUGGCAGCCUCACCAGCAUGCUCAACCUGUACUUACUUCUGCAGAUGGUUCUCAAUCUGAUCGCAGCCCUGGUGUGUCUGUCGGCGUGCUUCGUCAUGUGGAAACACAGAUACCAGGUCUUCUAUGUGGGCGUUCGGUUCUACCCUUUGAUUGCUACUGAAGGCCAGCAACAGAAAGUAUAGGGUCUGGGCUGGCAGGGGGUUGCAGCCAGGGAAUGGAAAUUAUCAGCAUACUGCCACCAUAGACACCACAGAUGGAUGAGUGUUUAUAAGGUUUUUGACAAGGAAAAACAUUCACACAGUUUUAAUGAAUAUAUUUUUCAACCAUUUUAAGAGCAUUUCAUAUGGCUGCUCUUGCAAAAGGUCUCUUGUGAGAUUAUGUAGAGGUCACAAAAUACUAAGAUGCAGCUGUACAAAUACUCACCAAAGAGGAUCUUUAAUAGCCAUAGACAAAAUGAGAGCUUAAAAAAUCAUUGGGAACUCAUCUGCAGGCCUACAGCCGUUAAGAAAUAGGGUCCAUUUCCCUUGCUGGUAGAUACCUGUUCUUGCCUUCAGAGAAGCUAUACCAAUUUCUACCAUACAAGGAUCUGGUCCAAACUGCUUAAUUGUAAUUAUGCUGAUCAUGCUUAGGGAAUAUAUUGUCUCUCGGAUGCUCUGGGUAUAAUCCACGCUAACCUGAUGGGGAUUUACCAUACGGAAAAGUAAUAAGGGAGGUCAAGACCUCCUCAAAUGCAGGUUGAGACCAACAGCAAAGUGAAUAUAUUGACGACUGCCAUAUAAAAUAUACAUAAGACUUUUCAGAGUGACUAACGAUAUAGGUUACCUAAUCCAAUUACUAAUAAACAACAAUAUGAGUGGGUUGACUAAUGGUGAUUUGGUGGGCCCUGCUUGAGACCCCAGACAUAUUUCUGAAGUAGGAGUGCUUGGCACUUGGUGAGAAAAGAUCAAUUUAAGAAACCUUGAGUUGCGCUCCUGAAGUGGGGGAUCCUAAAUCACUAGUCACAUUGAAAACUAUGUUGACAUUACUGUAAUUGCAGGCUCCCAAACCCGGCAUCUAGCCAGUUCCACCAAUUAUACUCCAAGCACAAAAGGCCAAAUGCAUUUUUGGUGUAACUCCUCUGAAGACAAUCAGCCUUACACACCAGCAGUGGAGUUGGGCCAGCAGCCCUGAAAGAUAUAUCCCUGCAACAAUGAAUGUUUUUAAAAUGGGGUGGAGGGAGGGAAGCAAGAAGAGACUGCUAGUCUCCCAAAGACAUCGUUUAUAAUGAUGAGGGUGAAAGAAUGACGAUUUCUUAAUAAGGAGCAUAGAAUAACAAACUGCACUCAGUGCUUUUUCACCCUGAAAGUGUGGUUCCAGAAGUGCUUUACGUCUCAUUAGCCUUAUACCGAGACAAGUAUGUCAGUUUGUCCCUCAAACUGUCAUUUCCACUUGCACAGCAUGGACUUCUAAAUGUAAGAGCAAUUCUGAAUCGGCAGCAUUUUGCACUGCCUGCCAAUAUAUAUCUGUGCAAGGUCAAGACAGCUGGUGCUCACGCCCUGCCAUGACCAGGGAUUUCCCGAUCCCAGCCAGGGCGAGGGUGCCUCUGAGGUGGGGUGGAGCAAUCACAUGCCAGAAAAACUAUGUCAUAAUCAUUAGCAAGGAGGAAGCAAAUAAAAUUUCUCUAAGGCUUCAAAGAAGCAAAAACUUUCUGUUUCUGCAGCAAAAAUAGCCACCAGGAAGUCAAAAACCCAGUCUGGCAAAAAGCUAGUUGUCUAAGUAACUCUAAUCCUACCCAAAAACCUGUCUUCCAUAUGGUGAUCACAUGUCAUCCCAGGGCUAGACCAGCAUACCUUCAGGGUCAGAAGAUCACAGCGUAGUUAAGUCUUCUGCGGUCCACCUAGAGCACUGCUUGGUGGAUGCGGUCUAGUUUUUGUCAUGGAAAGUGCUUCUAGAGUAGACGUAGCGUCACCAAAGUGCUCUCUGCCAAGCUGCAAAGUGAGGAACCUCAGAAAAUUAAGGUUUUUGAGACCAGCUUCCAAAUGGCCUUUUUAGGCACCUAAAAAUAGCAGUCACUAGUAAGCGUGGCUGCGGGGCACAUUUGCAAGGGUGCCCGUUCGCUUGCCUACGUGUUGCCACCCAUCUGAAGUCCUAAGCCUGGCUCCCAGGCAUGCUCGGAGCAAGCGGAGACAGCAGUGAAGUGUGCAGGCGGGUUGGCAAUGUAAAACCCAGCUGCUGCCAUCGACGGGGCCGUCCGUGCGGUGGCGGGAACCAGCCCGACUCCCCCGACUCUGGCGGAGCAUGCUGCGAGCGGUGCUCGGGGACCUGUGCCAGGGCCAGCCUCCCGUAUAAGAUGGAUACACAGGGGUGGCUCUCACCUGCUGCUUGUACUCAGAUGUUGGUUUGUCCCUCAUCCCUCGCACGACUCCAGCUGUGCUCUCUGUGGAAGCGUAGGACAGAGGAUAUACCUGCCUUCCACCUACACGACUCUUGCUGUGCCCACUCCUCCCUCUGGCCAAAAAUGUGGGCUCCUCUCUCUGCAAAGAAGAUAAGAAACGGGAAAAGGAUUGAGGGGAGGCUGAAAAACAGCUGAGCUUUGGGGCUUCCUCCCCUCCUCGCCGCCAGGCGCUGUGCCCCGACGGCUGGUGAAGCAAAAGGAAGGCUCUGCUGGCAGAGCAGGGCACGCUUCCCACCCUGCCCUCUCCCAGAUGUCCUUGUUGUUCGGAAGAUAACUUGGUCUGCAGCGCUGUAGCUUAGGCUGUGCUGCGUGCAGGCUGGCAGCAGCAAGCUGUUGUGGGAGAUGGCUGGCUGGCCCUGGCCGAUCGGCAUUUCCACCAGAGCCGGGCUUUUGUCUCCUUAAUCCUUUGACCUCCGUCUCACCCACAUGUUUUCACUCUCUGUCUCCCAUCACCUCCCAGGCGCUGGGCUCCCGGAGCCUAGCCCCUGUUAGAUGGGGCUGGGCUCACAUUGCCUGGCCUCUGCCUACCCACCCCUGGGCUUAAAUUUGCUGGGACUCCUCUAGAGCACGGAAGACAUAGCGAUGGUGAUCACUGAGUCGCUGCAAAUGCCUUCAGCGCAGCGAAGGGGAAGAGAAGGGAGAUCUGGAUAAGAGAGCCUGCUCCGCUUGGCAAGCUGUGUGCCUCUAUAACAGCGCACCCUCCGCUUUGAGCUACUGCUGCUGAGUUCGGUUCACUAACCAGUGCGUUGCAGCUUAACCCUUUGCUCUGGAAGAAAGCAAUAUUCAUCAUGUAUUCUGUUGGUGUUUUAAUGCUUAAUGAAUAAAUACGGAGCAUUUUGAUCUA